UCUUUCCAAGUAUCACCUCACUUGUAUCACUAGUAGUUCUCGUAGUCGAAUUGUGUAUCACUCCCUGUAGCACCAACUCCCGUGGCGUUUAUGCAUCCCUCGUGUAUGACUAACUUGAAAAGCUGCGUCAACUGUUCCUCUCAAUCACGUGGUGACAUCAUCGGCUGCCAGCACAGUGACCGGGAUUCACAUAGCCGCAGAGUUUCAGGCGGAAUUUUCAAGUUCACAGCAGAUAAAUUUCAAUUCGGAGACCAUCGAUUCUACAACGCUUUCGCCUCUACCAUUAUGAGCUACGACCUUGGAAAAGCCGUCGGUUUCAAGUCCCAAGAUCAACCAGUUUCGUGGACUCGUAAAGACAUCAUCACGUAUGCUCUAGGAGUAGGCGCGAAACAUGACGAGCUGUCUUUAGUAUAUGAGCUUGACAAGUCAUGGGGACCACUACCGACAUAUCCUGUGGUGCUUGCACUUAAAGGCGAUGACCAGGAUGUCACUUUAUUCGCAGCCAGAAAGGGCGCUAAGCCUCUUCCGGGUCUUCCGAAGCUGAACAUCAACAGGGUGGUACAUGCAACCCAAAGCAUCGAAAUCCUGAAAGAGCUUCCGGUGGCCAGCGGAUCAGGCUGGAAACUCUCUCAAAGAAUAGUCGGUGUACACGAGAACAAGUCUGGAAUCAUCAUCGACAAUGAAUCCAUAUUGCUCGACCCUCAUGGUGUUCCUUAUGCGAAGCUUUAUAGUUCAGCUUUUUACCUUGGUUCAAAGGCCAACGGAGACAAGUUUUCUAAAGUUAUUGCAGCCCCGCCUCAGGCGAAACCUGUCCCUAAGGACCGAAAGCCGGAUUGGGUGGUUCGGGACAAGACAACACCAGAGCAAGCUCUUAUUUACAGACUGAGCGGCGAUUACAACCCUCUGCACAUUGACCCGGAACUUGGCAAAGUGAUGGGCUUUGGUGGUGUGAUUCUGCAUGGGCUGUCAAGUUUUGGGUUCGCUGCAAGAGGUUUGAUUCAGGUGAUAGCUAACGGGAAUUCUCGCGCUCUGACGGUCUUUGGCGCGAGGUUUACGUCGCCCGUAAAGCCUGGCGACGAGCUCGAGACGUCGGCAUGGGAAGUUGGACCUGGUCCGAACGGCACCUCAGAAAUCACGUUCAUAACGAAGAACUUGACAUCUGGCAAAGUUGUGUUGGGCAAUGGUGUUGCCUUUAUUAAAAAGGCAGAAAAGAGCAAGUUGUAGUCGAAACUUUCUUUUUGUUGUGUUGGGGGUAUGCAUAUAUGUAUAUAUUGACAACAAAUCGUGCUCAUGUAAAUUC